AUCACUCCCAAUAUGACCAAGUGCACUGGGAAUCUGCACAAGCGACUGAAUCCAUCAGCAGCCGCCAGCUCUUCGGGGUAUCGGACUCCCAACGCCAAGCGCAGCCUCAUGAGCUCUCUGAAUUCGAUACGCCCGUCGCCGUCUACCGCACAGUGGCUGGCCAACAGCCAGCUGAAGGCGUCCAAGUCGCCACUAAAGCGGGUCCGCGUCCUGGACUACACAUUGCGUCCACAGACGCAGCAUUGGCACACGCUCGAACAAGAAGCCACGCACAAAAUCAGCGGUGCCGGAUACAAGAUCGCCCAGCGAUUCCGAGUAUAUGACCGAUGAGACCACUGAAAAUGACCGCGAAGCCGGGAUCUCCUAAACCACAAUUCGGUGGCGUCGGCCGCCAACACACCGUCAAAGCAGGCGGUCAAUC